UUCUAUCAAGCAACGCUUCGCAGAGUCGCUGCACGCCGCCAAAGAUUCACUGUUUUAACUUAAUUUUACCGCGUGGAUUUCAACUCUGUCGUCUUCUUGGAUGGCAGCAGUGGAAACCAGAGAUGACAGUGGCUCUUCUGAACCUUCAGAAAGCCCCGUAUCGAAGGAAAGUAAAGCCUCAUCGAGCCCCACUCAAAGUGCUUCUUGGUUAGUCGGCGAUGUCGUUUGGUCGAAGAUCCCGGGACAUCCAUGGUGGCCUUCAAUGGUUUCUUACGACCCAAAUACAGCAGUUUCGUUCAAGUACAAAGGAAGAGCAAGAUACUACCAUGUGCAAUUCUUUGGCCAGGAUCCUGUGCGUGGAUGGGUCUCUGAACGAUCUAUUUUGAAAUUUGAAGGUCGACAACAUUUUGAGAGUUCCCUCCAUGGAAAGCAACUCAAAAUUGCACAAAAGCGAGUGGUACAGUGGGAAACAGCAGUUAAAGUGGCAGAAAAAGCAAAGCCAAUGAAUAGACAUGAGAGGCAACUGUGUUACACUUUCAAGUAUUAUGACAAAAAUGACGCGAAACGACUGGACCCCCUGAAAAUGAAGAAGUUGAAUGGUUUUGCAUCGCUGCCAGAGCAAGUAAAUGGUUUGAUUGAUGAACAUGCUGAUGAAACAUCUGAUCUUAGACACUCAGAGGCAGGAGAUGCAGAUGUUCUGCUCUUGAAUGGAGUGUCGCAUUGUACAAAUGGGCCAAAUGACGAAAAAAAGAAGAUUGGUAAGGGACGGGUUCAACGUAAGAGGAAACUGACAGCUAUAGCAGCAGCGGCAAAGGCUGCUUCAGGCGACAGUGGCACAAACAAAAGUACUGAGCCACCCAUGAAGAAAAAGAAAAGGACAUUGAAGCAAAAUAAUAUUUUAGAUUCCUCGGGUCAAUUGGAAGAUAACACUGACCAAGGAGAUGUAACAGUUAAGAUUAAUUUGAGCGAUGAACUCCAUCUGAAUGUGUCAGAGUUGCGUGAAAAGUGUAAUGGACUUAUUGACAGUGCUGGUGCUAGCACUCCUCCAAAAGUCAAUGGUGAUGCUGCUGCUUUUGGAACAAACUUGGAUGUGUCACCCAGCACUGCGCUUAAGUUGAAAAUUAGAAAAAUUACACCAAAACAAAACCAGCCAGAAGGGAAGCGGAGAAGAGGAAGGCCAUGUAAGCCGCAGUUUGUUAUUGUAAGUGAGCAAGAUAAGGAUUUGUCUAAUCACUCAAAUGAUGUACAUGUAGAAAACGAAAAGAAGAAGCUAGAUGGUGUGACAGAGUUACCUCCGUCACCAAAGAGUAGUAUUGCUAAAUCACCCAUAAAGAAGAAAAGGGUACGGAAACCUUCCAGUAAGGUUUUAAGUUCUACCAAAGUUGCAAAGUUGUUACCUGUUAAGGAAAAAACACUGGUAAAAGAAAAGACAAAACUAGAUUCCAAAACUAAAAAGGAUGAAGAAAAGAGGAAAGAAGCUUAUGAGGUGAAUGGUGUGGUGGAGAAAGAGGGAAGUGUGGCUGGAAGUGUUACAUCAUCAAGUAUAGGAGAGGAUACAGGAAGUGUUAAGAAUGGAGGAACAUCCAAGAAGGAGAAAGAAGCAGUGUGCAUUGUGUGUGAGCUACAAGACAAUCUGACCUUUUGUGAGGGUAUUUGUGGAAAUGCCUUUCACUUGGAUUGUAUCGGACUGUCCGUCAUACCAAAGGGGAAAUUUGUUUGCGACGAAUGUGUGACAGGGAAUCACUGUUGUUUUGUAUGUAGACAGACUGGAAAUGUCAAACAGUGCAGUCAACAAUUGUGUACAAAGUACUACCACGAGGACUGUGUUAAAACUUUCAAAAGCACAAAAUUUGAUGGUGAUCGCUUUUACUGUCCACUCCAUUUUUGUAGUACAUGUGUUAGAAACAAGUCAUCGGUGUCGAGAGGAAGACUGAUUCGUUGUGUGCGUUGUCCCACAGCAUAUCACUUAUCUGGCUGCCUGGUGGCAGGCUGUAUUCAAAUUAGUUCUCAUCUCAUGGCAUGUUCAAAACAUUUCUUACGUGAGAAAAACAAAGCGCACCACACUCAUGUCAAUGUGAACUGGUGUUUUGUGUGCUCCAUUGGAGGCACUUUGAUUUGUUGUGAGAGCUGCCCUGCUGCAUUUCAUCCAGAAUGCAUCAGUUACGAGGGUAUUCCUGAAGGACAUUUCUUUUGCAAAGAUUGCACAGAAGGCAAGGAGUUGCUUUAUGGUGAGAUUGUCUGGGUCAAACUGGGCAUGUACAGGUGGUGGCCAGCACAGAUUUGCAACCCACGCGAUGUACCCACAAACAUCCAGAACAUGCGGCAUCAGCCAGGGGAAUUCCCUGUCAUGUUUCUUGGUUCACGGGACUAUUAUUGGAUCCACAGAGGGCGUGUGUUUAGCUAUCAGGAAGGAGACAAGGGCUCAACAGACUCUGGAAACAGCAAACACUUGGCUAAGAUUUUCAAAAAAGCCCUUGUUGAAGCAAAGGAGAAAUAUGCAGAAUGGAGGACAGCACAAGAAAAUAAAGCUGAACAGGAUCUACAAAAGAUGUCCAAGAAACCAGCACCUUAUAAACACAUCAAGGUAAACAAGUGUACCACAGCUGUCCGAAUAGUGAUUGACCCAUCAGAACUACCAAUGUGUGACUGUUCACCAGAUAAUGAUAACCCUUGUGGCCCAGAAUCAAACUGUCUGAAUCGCAUGCUUCAGUUUGAAUGCAACCCAGCAAGAUGCCCUGCAAAGGAAAAAUGUCAAAACCAACGAUUUCAAAAGAGAGAAUAUGCAGACUGUGAGCCCUUGAGAACAUUACACUGUGGCUGGGGGCUUCGCUGCAAAGAAGAUGUUAAGAAAGGCCAAUUUGUAAUUGAGUAUGUUGGAGAGCUCAUCGAUGAGGCUACAUGUCAAGAACGCGUACGGAAAGGAGAAGACAUUACUAACUACUACAUGCUGACAAUAGACAAAGAUUGCAUUAUUGACGCUGGUCCCAUGGGGAAUCUGUCACGGUUCAUGAAUCAUAGCUGUGAUCCAAAUUGUGAAACACAAAAAUGGACAGUGAAUGGAGAGGUUCGAGUGGGUCUGUUCGCCUCACGAGAUAUCAAGGAAGGAGAGGAGCUAAACUUUGACUAUCAGCUGGAUUGUUUAGGAAAUGAAAAGAAGAAAUGCAACUGUGGAGCCAAAAACUGUAGCAGCUUCCUUGGUGUGAGACCCAAGAACCAGAUCCAGGAGGAAAAAUCUAAAAAGGUGGACAAGAGAAGAAAGAAGAAAAUCAAGAAAGCUGUUGUCAAAGAAGUUCAUGAAGACGACUGUUACAUCUGCGGUGAUGGCGGAGAACUUCUCCUGUGCGACAAGGGAGGCUGUUCCAAGUGCUACCACAGGGAUUGCCUCGGCGGGCCUGUUACAACCCGUGGGAAGUGGAUUUGUCCGUGGCACUUCUGUGAUGACUGCGGUAAAUGGGCCAACGUCCUGUGCUCCGAAUGCCCGAAUUCUUACUGUAGAGCGCAUGCGUCUGGUCAAAUCACAGAAGUAAGUAAUGGUGUUCACGUCUGCUGCGACCAUAUUGUGACGCGCACGAAGACUAUACAAGACAAGGCAUCGGAUUUACGAGACGACAGUGGCGAACAAGAACCAGAAUCCAGCACUGUUGUGGAAUAGAGA